GUCAGUCACGAAGCAACAACGACUGGCUGGGCAACUUCUUAUUCUUUUUCUUCUCAAAGGCUACGUCAGACUUUUAUCCCUUCCCGUUGGGUGAGCCAGAGAGAUGCCUUCGAGGUCUUUUUAGAAAUCAGUAGUAAACCGUGGGGCGGCUCGAGGUGCGAGUCAGUUGAUCGAAAGAUGCUGUGCCGCAAAGUAGUUGUUGUUCUCCUUGUUUGUUUGUUCUCUAUUGUCUGCGGAAUGCCGCAUACUGGCGACAAUAGCCAGGAUUCAUCUGGGCUUCCGUUCAUUCAAUUUACCAAUGGAGGUAUCAGAUUAAAUUUCGGAGGGUACCAUGCAGCUGCUGGAUUAGGAGGCCUUCUUGGAGGAUCCAGAGCAGGAGGUGGUCUCCAUGCCAGCGCUGGAACUCCAUGGGGUGCACACGCGGGUGCUGGUUUGGGUGGGAUACUCGGUGGUGACAAUGCAAAUGCUGGAGGAGGUCUGUACGCAAGGGCCGGUCUCGGAAACGGAAGAUCAGAAGUAGCAGCCGGAUUAGGAGGAGUUCUGGACGGAAGCGGAAGUACCCCGUCUGGUGGAGGAUUGUACGCUGGUGCGUCCAUGGGCGGGCAUGGGGUUGGAGUGUCUACUGGAAAUGUUGGCGGUGGAUCGAAUGGGCCAAGCGAAUCAAAUAAUGCACCAUCUAGCACGGAAAGUACAGAAGGAAAAUCAAGCAAAGGCACAAGUAAUAUUCAAAUCAUUUCGCAUCCAGGAAGAAAACCUCAUAAAAUAAAACAGGCAUUGGACGAAUCUUCUGGAUCGAAUGAGGCAUCUAAACAAGUUGUGCCAGCGGCGCACAAAGAGUUGCGAGAAGUACAACCCACCCAAUCGCCACCCUCAGCACCAGCCAGCAUUUUCGAGACAUUUGCUGUGAAUCCUGUUCCACAAGCAUUUGUGGGAAAAGUGAAAAUCGUGGGUGGUGUAAUACCGGAAGCACCUCCGGUACCUCCUUUACCCAGCCAAGUGAACGAAGUGGUGCAAAUUGAGCAUCGCCCUCAUCGAGUGAAAUUAGUAUACCCAAAAUGGGUAGUCAGGAAGAGAUUUUGGGGACCCAGGAAACAAAUCAUUAUCAAUUCAUCUGUGGAAAGUCAGGAAACUCCGGAAACAAAUGCUCAUAAGAUUUCACGUCGUCAAAUACCAAAUUAUAACAACAACAGACCUGUAUCAGGACAGAACGGUGUACCAGUGCAAAAUGGCAACAAUAGUGGUUUCUUUGAUGACAUAUUUCAGGCUAUCACCAGCGAAUCUCAGAACAAGGUAGAAAAGACAGAGCUCUCGAAACCUCAACAAAGAAGCAUAGAAUUGGUCAAUCAACCUCCGGUGAUAAAUACCCGACCCGAUGCCCGAGAAACGGUGCGAUUAGAGAACGAAAGUGCCCAAAGUUUCUUUGAAAGACCGCUUCCUAAACCUGCAGCAGGGAUUUUGGAGUCCUUCUUGCAGCCAACGCCAAUCGUCGAUGGACUUAAGGAGCAGGAGAAAUAUGGCAAUACUGGAGAUAAGUUCAUAGGGAUUGGUAGAGCUUUGGUCAACGGUUUCGAAGGAUUCAGUAAUUUCUUGAACGCUGUUGUAGAUUUUCCACGGAAUGCUGCCAAGAAGACCUCCCGUGGCCUCACCGAGGCGUUGAAUCACGUCGGAGCAAAACUGGUCGGUCUUGAAUGAC